UCCAAGAUGAUUCGCUCCAUAUUUCCGCAAAAUGAAACUCUCCUUCGCAUUUGGGGCCGUUUGCGAGAAACCAAGGUGCUGAGCAAGGCUUGCUCUGGUUAUAUAGGGCUCAUGACUUCUAUACCAGAGGGUCCAUUCCAAACAUCUGCAUUCCUGCCUUCUGGUAUGUCAAGAAUGUUGCCUCAGCUCUGCUCUCUCGUAAGUUUUACACUUGUGGGCAUUUCUUCAUGUGCCACAAUUCCGCGGGCCGUACCCUCCUCAUUCGAAUUGCGGCCGAAUGAACUUGUUAAUGCUACUCUCGGCCCCUAUGGAUCCGGCGGACGAGGCCGCACGGGGAGUACUUCAGCAACGUCCUUUGUCGAGCUUCAACUGAAUCUCUGCAACUCCGGUCUUGCAAACUGCUAUGCCGACGGCGACUCUAUCUCAGAGGGUGCGGAGUUGAUAUAUCAAACUGGCCAAUCCUAUCUGGCUGAAGCAUGGCCAACUGAUUACACCUACUCAGUCUUCAUGCCGGCCUUCGAUAAACGCACGUCAGCUCCAUAUAAGUGCAAGAACGGAUUCCAGUACGGCAGCGCAGUCUUGGGGAGAGUCGCCGCAUCUACCUGGGAUGGUAUAACCGCGUACGGAGGACCGUAUCAAACCCAUGAUUCAGGGAAUGAGCAACGUAUCUUCGUGUGCGCGGCGGCCAAGGGCGACCACUUUGCAUGCACUACUCAUUUGUCGGCCUCAUCAAAGUCGGUGGCCCUAACUCAGUGCAAGGCAUUGCUCUUCGAUGCGGUUCCGUAUUUGAAGAGCCAAAGCGGCUCUACUGCGAGGACUGUGGUUGCUGGCGACUUGAAUCUGAAGUAUGACUCGGGUUCGGCGGAGAAUGUCCAGACCUGCGUGCCCAACGGGUGGACAAGGAAAGGAGAUGGAGACGUCCAGCAUACGAUGUUUACAAAUGACUUCAAGUUUGGAAGCACAAAGAAGUAUGGAUUGACGUAUACGGAUCAUGAUGGAUGGCUGGUGAAGCUGACGACGUCUUGAAGUUGAGGAAUGAGGUGGUGAAUAGUUUGCGCUACCCUAGAUUCCUAAUAGCAAGAUGCGUUGGGACAUAUCGACUGCACGGUAUUUAGAAAUGCGAACUGAAGAAAUGUGCCAUCAAAUCCAUGAGAUUUAGA